UGUGGUCACUACAUUACAUACACUAAAAAAUCUCUCUCUCUCUCUCUCUCUCUCUCUGUGACUGAUAUCUAAACUUGGGCCUUCAACUUUUCAGCUCAAAUCGAUGGUUUUGUAGGGCUGCACAUAGGGUUUCAUAGAAAUUAAGAGGGGCCAAGUAUCGUGUAUGUAUAUGUGUAUAUAUAUAUAAGCAAAAGAAACAAAAACAAUGAGAUUGUUUCCCAUGAAUUCUUCAAGAGAAGAUAGAGAUGAAGGAAAUGAUGGAUUUUUGUAUCUAAAUGUAUAUGAUCUCACACCUGUUAAUAACUACUUCUACUGGCUGGGCUUUGGCAUUUUUCAUUCGGGUAUCGAAGUGUAUGACAUGGAAUAUGCAUUUGGAGCCCAUGAGUACUCGACCAGUGGGGUGUUUGAGGUGGAACCCAAAAGUUGCCCCGGUUUCAUCUUCAGACGAUCCAUUCCUUUGGGCAGAACUGACAUGUCUCCCACAGAAUUCAGGUCAUUCAUGGAGCAUAUUUCUAAUAAAUAUCAUGGUGAUACUUAUCAUUUGAUUGCCAAGAAUUGCAAUCAUUUUACUGACGAAGUAAGCAUGCGAUUGACUGGAAAACCAAUCCCUGGAUGGGUCAACCGUAUGGCUAAAUUCGGUUCUUACUGUAAUUGUCUACUGCCAGAAAACAUUCAAGUCGCGGCUGUAAGACAUCUGCCUGAUCAUGCUACAUAUUCUGAUGUAGGGUCGGAUUCAGGAGAUUCAUCUCUAACAAUGCCGAGUGAAGAGGACGAAGUAGAUCAUCAUCUGCUGACUGCACCGAACAGCGAUGUAGCGUUUUUGCAGGACACACCGAUAUGUGUAUGAUUUCUGAUACACGUUGCACUCGUACUUCGAUCCGAAGUUGGUUUGAGAUAAAUGUAUGAUUAUUAAAGGCAUGUUUUUAGACCUUAAGCUUAAUCAAAUGUUGAAGUUUCUAAAGUUACUCUUAAUAAAAAUUAAUUAGAUGAAUGUUUAAUAUCAAAAUCAUAAGGAUGUUCGGUAA